UCGAAUAUGGCGGACGAAGGGUUUCCGCGAAAUCGCUAAACGUGAUUUCGAAAGGCGAUUUAUUUUGACAAUGUCCCGAAAAAAGAGAGACAAGGAACCUGAGGGACUACCUCUGGAUUUGCGUGUCAGGAAGACUGUUAAUCCUGUGACAAAGAUUUUUGAAGAAAUUCCAGAGUUGAGUCCAGUGUGGAUUGAGGAUGUGCAAUUUGUUCCUUACUCCCCUCCCCCUGUGCAGCCCUCAUCUGCUUCUCCCUUGGAUCAUGGUGGAAUGGAACAGUGGAUUGAGAGAAUGUCAUUUAUCAGUGAAGACUUAAAAUGGCUUCUGAGCCUUCCACAUAACAAAUUUUGGUGUCAGGUAAUAUUUGAUGAAUCAUUACAACAAUGCUUGGAUUCAUACCUCAAAUGUGCACCAAGAAAUUUUGAUGCACUAUCAGUCUUGCCAUCAGAGGCAGCCUCUCUUCAUGAAGGAAUUCACAAAAGGGUGUUCAUGACAUACCUGAGGAUGUCAACUCACAAGGAAUCCAAGGAGAACUUCUUCACCCAGAGCACAUUUGGAGAUAUUCUAUAUGAAAAUUUUUUAUUUGAUAUUCCCAAAAUGAUGGACAUAUGUGUUCUUUAUGGAGGGGAGAGCAGUGCUAACACUCCACUUCUCAGAAAAAUGCUGGAAAAUAUUUUCUCUAAACAACCAAAGUAUUAUGGUGAUCUCAAUGGAACAAUCCCAACCAUUUUUGAGACAUUAGAUGAUAUCUUGUCAAAGUGUGGAAUCAAGCCCAAAACAGAGGACCCUUCAAAUCUUCCUCAAAAACUAACGGACUCAAAGAUGGAACAAACUUCCUCCAUGACUGUUCUGCAACUGGAGGAUAUUAUUCUUUACUUAAAUGAUACUAUAAAGACUCUGAUGGCAUUUGUGGAGACUUGUCCUUUAGUCUGUCAAUCAUUUCAAAGACAAGGAUUUGUACAAAGAAUAGCCAUCUUCUAUGAACUGUUCACCCCAUAUUUUAGACAACAACUCUCUGGUGCUGAAUUACAGAUGUUAAAGGAUAAAUGGAAAUGUUUUAAAGUGGCACUCAUCAGACUUUGCCGAGUGGUUCUUCACACCUGUUGCAUUGCACCUUUACUAGAGAGGGAAUCUAGCAGAAAUGAUGAUCAAGUUCAAACUUGUGUUGAAGAUUAUUUGCAAGUGUUGACGUCUAUUCUUUCUGAGAAAAGAUUUCUGAGCAGUUAUGAUUCAAGAUUCAGUAUAAGAGAAGACUUGAACAGAAUCCAGCAGUUGACAGCCGGUGUCGAUGAAACACGGAUGGAUUACAUUUUAGAUGCAGUGGACAGUGCACGAAAGGCGUUCCCUCGUCAUUUCUCGAAGAGAAAGAACACUGAUGAAAAUGGUUCAACUAUUGGUCCAAGCACAAGCGUUGUUGAUACCCCUGUGAAUGGUCGCGCAGACGAAUGGACAGAAGAACAUGUUGCAAAUGUCAAUGGAUUCGUCGAGGACAAGAAUGAAGGAGCAACAUCUAAGACAGUUAGUGAUGUGGAGUUGUACUCCAUGGUAACUCACGUUCAAGAUCUUCUUCCAGGACUUGGUGACGGGUUUGUAAUCAUGUGUUUAGAAGAAUUGAACUUUGAUGUGGAACAAGUUAUUAACGUACUACUUGAGGAUAACUUGCCUCCCUCCCUUCAAGACGCCGACAGGAGUUUGUCAAAAGAAGCGCUGAUGAGAAAUAAGAAAAAACCCUCGACAACGAUCUUGAAGGAGAGACACUCUGUUUAUGACAAGGAUGAAUUUGACGUUUUCUCAGGCAGCAAGGUCGAUGUUACAAAAGUUCACAAAGGGAAAAGGCGAGAUAGAACGAACCUACAGACAUUGUUAUCGGAUAAAAGUGAUAUAACAGAGUCAGUGAAAGAGAGAUACUCAUCUUAUGACGUGUUUAAUGAACACAGAAGGAUGGUUAACUUGUACGAUGAUGAGUAUGACGAUACGUAUGAUUCACAAAAUGUGGGCGCCCAAGAUGCCGACUCGGCAGAUGAGCUUACAGUACGAAGGCCGUUCACUAUUCCGCGUGUUCUUGGCGGAUCUCCUGUACCGUCUGACGAAGAAGAAGACAGCGAAGAAGAGGGCCCCUCCGAGGAAGGAAAAGCGAAAGAAGGUGAACAAGAAAUAGACAAAGCGCUCGUGAAUCGACGUUACCGCGGCCCUCGUGGGCCAAAGAAAGGUGAAAAGGAUGGAGGCGGAGCGAAAGAGGGACAAAAGGGUGGACCCAAAGGGCGUGGCAGGGGUGUAAGUGAUGCAGAGAAGAGGAACAGAGCGCACAGUGAACGGAAUAAAGGAUUGAGAGCCAAUCACAACCGCAGGGUUGGCGCGGAAAGAAAGAGAGCGAAAGGAAUGGGAAUGCUGUCACAUCAGUGAAGAAUCCAGGCUUGUAGAAUCAAGGUUACCGUGCAGUCAAUAAAUGUCAAACAAAUUCUAUUUUCUUAGAGAAUGUGUAAAACUGAAACUAGCUGCUGCUGAAUGGGCUGAGGUUAUUCUGAGGAGUGCCAAAAGCUUAAGAGAAAACUUAAAGCGAUGAUGAUGGGAGGUGUGGUGUCCUUAACUCUCACUUGCUUUUUUGCCGUAUCUCGCUCAAUCGUCGCCAAGGUUCAUCAAUGACAUGCUUUGAAUAGCCCUCCAUUAAAUAUCUCCAAUUAUCCGCGAAAAUUGCAAAAUUUAUAUUGUUAUAUUUCAAAUUAUGCGCGUACGUUUCUGUGUUUUAAAUUUCCUUUAUUUCACACAGAAAAGAAUAUUGCACCAAAGGAAGGAGAAGUCUACUGCAGGUUCAACCAAAGUUACUUUAUGUAAAUUUUAAAGUACUUCUCGGAGAAAAACUGUUCAAUUUUAAAAUUUAUAAGACAACUUUGCAGUGCAUUAACUUCAUAAUCUUGAGGCUUUAGUUCACGCAACGCAAGAGUCAACAAAAAACCUUCAAUAUUGUUGUUUUAAUGUUUCAAACGUGAUUAUGAGUUCAGUUGUUACAAAAGUAACUGAAUUUGUCCUAUACUUAAAUCUGAUGGAUAAAUAAAUUGUUGUUUCCAAGAGAAA